UCUCUGAAUGCCGUUUAUGUCAUCGAGUGUUGAUACUGAUCGUCGCCUUCAUAAGUCAUAGAUGGCUAUCUAUCUUUUUGUUGUAUGUCGUUAUAUUUUAGAAUGAUGUUCCUGUAUGGUUUGAUCAACGUGCUUCUUGCUCCCCGGUUCAGUAUGCUCCGUUUUCAAGAGUUGAUUAUCAUUCAUGGUCAUCAACAGAUACUGGCACUGGAUCGUGGUCAUCGAAUUCAUCAGGUUAUUUAUCUGCGAAUGCUUUACCAUGGCCUGAAAAUUCUCUAUCAACAAAAACGUCGACGAGUUCAAAUUAUUAUGGGACCUUUUUAUUAGGUUUUGAUGAUGAAACAUCAGUUUCAUGUUUUGGAUCUCCGCAUCCGACUACAACAAAAUUAAUAAGUCCCAUUGCACGACCGAAGACAAGUCCGGUAAAAAAUCAGGAUGUUGUUCGUGAACGAAGAAUAGAUGAGCGUCCAUUGCGUUUGCAUGUAUCCAAUAUUCCGUUUUCUUGGACAAAAGAAAAAUUGGCAACUGAAUUUGAAGCUUUUGGUACAACGUACGAUGUUGAAGUUGUUUACAAUGCACGAGGUUCAAAAGUAAGCAUCAGAAAUGAAAUAUCCAACAUAUAAUUUUGUAACGA